CACAGCCAUCAGUCUAUUCUGCAAGACUUUGGCGCACACUGGACCUGCUGAGGUUUUGACAGCAUUUCAAGAAUCAGAGAUAUUAAUAAUCUCAACAUGCUGGGUGACAUCAUCCGGCGCUGCUGACCAUGACAAGCAUUUGGGAAAGCAUGCAAACCGAACUGUCAUGGGGACAAUGGGCUGCCAGAAGGCUUGCAAAGUGGAGAAACUCCUGAAACAGUCUCAAAGGGAACUACUCUGGAGCCAAAGACAAAGGUUAGCCAUAGCUGAGAAGAACAGCCGGAUGAGAGACAGAGACAAGCUGAGAAAUGAAGUUUUUCCCCUCCAGUUCCCAGGCGUACAGCAUUUGGACAGCUUUCGUCUUCUAGAGGACAACAACAGAGCUCUGAGACUCAACCCAGGGACCCUCAGCCACCAAAGGCUACAGCAGAAGUUACUGGAGACUCAGAUCAGCACCAGAAGGAAGGAGUGUGAAGCACUCGAGGCGGAGGUGAAGAAAAAGAAUCAAACAUGUCAGACUUUGGAGAAUGAGCUUCAUGAUGUUCUCCAGGAGAAGAAGCACUUGAGUCUCCAGUUGUUCAGCAAUAGCCAAAAGGCGUCCGAGUAUGAGAAGGUGAAGUCUGAGUAUGCCCAGCUCAAAGAGACCCUUGGUGCUGUGACGCAGGAGAGAGAUUCAGCCCUGUGGGAGAGGAACCAGCUCCAAGGCAAACUGGAGAACCUAGAGCAGGUGCUCAAGCAUAUGCGUGAGGCUGCAGAGCGGAGGCAGCAGCUAGAGUUGGAGCAUGAGCAGGCCUUGGCUGUACUCAAUGCAAAGCAGCAGGAGAUUGACCUUCUUCAGAAGGCUCAGGUUGAGGCUAAAAAGGAACAUGAGGGCGCCGUCUAUCUAUUAGAGAACCACUUGGACAGCAUGCAGGCCAAAGUCCGUGAGCUGGAGGAGAAAUGUCGGACUCAGAGUGAGCAGUUCAACCUCCUGUCAAAAGAACUGGAGAAGUUCCGGCUGCAGGCUGGGAAGUUUGAUAUCCUCAGCACUGAACCCCUAACUGUAUGCGAAUCCCCUGGAUCGCCCAACAAAUCCCUGUCCCAGCUCCUAAAUGGACUGGCCGCACCUAUAGGGAAAGGCAAUGAGACUCCAGUGAGUAGAUCUUUGAUAUCUGAGUUCAUUCGACCACUCCAGAUCAGUGGGGAAAAGCCGGAGCUCCUGUCUGUCAAGCCAACAUUCCUCACUCGCAGUCGAGCCAGCAGCCCAGGACGGGCUUUCCUCUCUGAGAUGAACAAAGAACUGAGCUCAACCACCAGGUCCAAGCCAAGGUUCACAGGAAAGGUACGCCUGUGUAUUGCUCGAUACAGUUAUAAUCCAUAUGAUGGGCCUAAUGAGCAUCCUGAGGCAGAGCUCCCCCUGGUGGCAGGGAAAUACCUAUACGUUUACGGAACUAUGGAUGAGGAUGGCUUUUAUGAGGGAGAGCUGCUCGAUGGACAACAGGGUCUUGUCCCCUCCAAUUUUGUGGAUUUUGUUCAAGAUGAGGAGACGCCCUCUACUCAGCACCGGGACGGGGCUAAAGAACCUGGCUACCUCAACCACAGUAGCCUGGGCUCUCAGAGACUGGGUGUUGGUAUUGGCACGGCCAUAAGCGCAGGCACGGGCACGAGCAUAAGCAGCCUGCUCUCUGACAGCAAGCUGGACUGUCUAAGCACCAGCAGCCUGGGCAUGGACCUCCUUGGCACCUGCAGCAACGGGACAGGAACCCUGGACGUCAGCAUUGACGAGGUUGGUGAAGACAUCGUGCCUUACCCCCGCCGCAUCAACCUGAUCAAACAACUGGCCAAGAGCGUGAUCGUCGGCUGGGAUCCUCCGGUGGUCCCGCCAGGCUGGGGCUCCAUAAGUGGCUACAACGUCUUGGUGGAUAAGGAGGUGCGCAUGAGCGUCCCCUUUGGGGGCAGGACAAAGUCUCUAAUUGAGAAACUCAACCUGGCCACCAACACCUACCGUAUCUCAGUGCAGAGCAUCACCGACAGGGGCCUGUCAGAUGAGCUGCGGUGCACUCUGCUGGUGGGGAAGGAUGUGGUGGUGGCACCUUACUACCUGCGGGUGGACAAUAUCACGCAGGUAUCUGCUGAGCUCUCCUGGAUGCCCAGCAACAGCAACUACAGUCACACCAUCUUCCUGAAUGGCGCGGAAUACGACAUGGUCAAGGCGGGGGGCUACAAGUACCAGUUCUUCAACCUGAAGCCCAUGACGGUGUACAAGGUAAAGGCUGUGGCACGGCCGCAUCAGGUGCCUUGGCAGCUUCCCCUGGAGCAGAGGGAGAAGAGGGAGAUCUCUGUGGAGUUCUGCACUCAGCCUGCAGGGCCGCCUUUCCCGCCCCAGGAUGUGCAGGUCCAGUGUGGGCAGACGCCUGGGAUGUUGCAGGUCAGAUGGAAGCCACCACCCCUGACACCUGCAGGAACUUCCAAUGGAGCCAACGUGAUUGGCUAUGCCGUGUGCACAAAGGGACAAAAGAUAGCAGAGGUCUUGUACCCUACGGCGGACUAUGUGACCGUGGAGUUAAACAGGAUUCAUUGUCUGGAGGCCAGGGAAGUCAUUGUAAGGACGUUAUCAGCACAAGGAGAGUCCCAGGACUCGCCCGUGGCCAUCAUUCCACACAAUCUCCUGGGCUCUCCACGUCUCUCGCACCGCACCACUGCACCUCCCCACCCUAUGCCCCACCCAGUGCACUCACAAACCCAUCCUCCUUACCCGUCCACCUAUCCCCCAAAUCACCCUCAGCCCCAAGUCCAGCCCCUGCCUCGAGCCCAGGCCCACACACUGCCCCACUCGCAGCCCCACUCACAGCCCAUCCACCACCCACUGCCUCAUCACCAGACUCACUUCCAGCCCCACCCCAUGUCCAAGUCCAAACCCUUAGUAAGUGCCAGAGAGCCAGAAACCAAAGAGCAUGAGGUGGGCCUGCGGCCAGGCCAGCCCUGGGAGCGCUCCCCCUCUCCGCUGCCUCCCAUGCGUGGACCCAACCUGGAGCCACCCCACUUCCAGCCGAGACGUUCACCCUCUCCUCAGAGGAUCCUGCCACAGCCUCAGGGAGUCCCUAUCCCCAACACCAUCGCCAAGGCCAUGGCCAGGGAAGCUGCUCAGAGAGUGUUUGCUGAGGGCAACCGGGUUGAGAAGAGGAACAUCUUUAGUGAGCGGGGUAAUGCUCUGCAUCCACUGAACUCUGAUGAGGAGGAAGAUGGCUACGACUCUCCCCAUGCAAGGAGGAGAGGGGCUUCAGUGGAUGAAUUCCUCAGAGGCUCAGAGCUGGGCAGACAGCAUCAUCACCACCACUACAGCCACAGUGAGGAAUACCACACAGAGAGCAGCCGCGGCUCUGACUUGUCAGACAUCAUGGAGGAGGACGAGGAGGAUCUUUAUUCGGAGAUGCAGCUGGAGGAGGGCCGCAGGCGCAGCAUCAACUCCCACAAUACUCUCAAGGCAUAUUACAAACGUCAGGACCUAGCAGAGGAGAGAGACUGCUGGGACCUCCAGAGGGAGGUGGUGAAGCAGAAGUCGCUCCGCAGCAAGCGUCUCCAUAGCAUCCCCGAGGUGGCUGAGGAGGAGCCAGAUGGCGUGGACAGUUUGGGCCAGCGUCUAUGCUUUGAUGAAGGAGGGCGGCCGGGAACGCCACACACUCAGCGAAAGAGCACCCGCAUUUACCAGCAGGACGCCCACAUGCACAACAAUCUCACCCCCGGCAAGAGCUCCCGCCACCUGCAGCGCCAGCGCUCCUACCCUCGCUUCCUGGACAGCCGCUACGGCUACAUCACAGAGGAACGCAGCCUGGGACGACCCAAUCGCCAGAACACCAAGAGUCCCGACAGCGGAUUGGACUGCGGCAGCGAGGAGGAAGGCUCUCUAGGCCGGGGUCAUCGAGGGUACUACACCCAUGGAAGCCCCAUGCGUGGGCCAGUCCGCAUCAUCCACUGUGAAGGCCCAGUAGAACGGCGGGCCUUGGCCAUGGGCCGUAAAAGGACUCUGACCCGCCAGUGCAGCGUGGAGGAGGACUUCUGCGAUGUCCCAGUAUCUACAUCCAAGUCGGUACACACGGGUGACUUUAGGAACAGGGAGAACUUUGGGCCAGGCCGGGAGACGGGGCCCAGAAACUACUCCAGGGAGGGGGCGCUGAGCGAGGGCAGGCUGAACGAGCUGGACAGGGUCUGUUACAGUCCCCACAGGGAGGCUAGGGCCCAGUCUAUGUCCAGGCUCAACCGGGACCAGCCGCUGAUCAUUGGGAACUCGCCAUCACAGGGACGCUCCGAUCGUCUGGACCACUCAGGGAGGAGGCCGGUUCACAUCGGCACCCCCCCUCAGCGACGCCCAAUCCCGUCCAUUGAGAUCACCAUGGACAGUAACAGUGAGGGGAGUGAGGGGAACCUCUCACCUGUCAAGGAGGAUGUUAACUAUGGCAGUGUAGCUCGGCGCAGGAUAUGGCGAUCUAUGUCCUCAGAGCAUCAAUAUGACAGCUAUGGCGGACGCAGGCACGGGCGGGGACGGCGUUCCCCGGAUUACUAUGAGGAAUCAGAACCGGAGGACCUGACCCGUAUAUUUGUGGCUCUAUUUGACUAUGACCCCCUGUCCAUGUCCCCCAACCCUGACGCUGCCGACGAGGAGCUGCCUUUCAAGGAGGGCCAGAUCAUCAAGGUGUUUGGGAAUAAAGACACGGAUGGCUUCUACCGGGCAGAGAUCCGAGACCGCGUGGGUCUGAUCCCCUGUAACAUGGUGUCUGAGAUCCAGACAGAGGAUGACGAGAUGAUGGACCAGCUCCUGAAACAGGGCUUCCUGCCGCUAAACACUCCUGUGGAGAAGUUAGUGAACUGCGAUCGUUUCAAAGAUGGCCGCUCAAUAAAUCGCAGGUCCAGAAAGUCCAAGAGAGAGAGGAACAGGCGGAGCGGGCGUCAACACCCCAUGUCAACGCGCAGAAUGGUGGCCCUCUACGACUACGAUCCCCGAGAGAGCUCUCCAAACAUUGAUGUAGAGUAUGAGGGCAACAGGCUGAAUGAGGAGGCUGAAUUGACAUUCUGUGCCGGCGACGUCAUCACAGUUUUUGGUGAAAUAGAUGAAGACGGCUUUUACUAUGGCGAGCUCAAUGGACACAAGGGACUUGUUCCUUCCAACUUUCUAGAAGAAGUGCCUGAUGAUGUAGAGGUUUUUCUCACUGACUCACCAUCUCGAUACCCCCAGGACACUCCAGCACGGAUAAAGACCAAAAGGGUUCCAUUGGAAAAAUCGGGCCCGCCCAGAAGAGCAGCCUCUCCCACAGUGCGCCCACACAUCCCUGGCUCUGGCCCUGCCACCGUGGGGCCCGGCAGUCCCAUCAGGGCCCCACUGGACAUGUACUCCAAAAAGAAAAAGGGACUGCUCUCCAAAGGGAAGAAACUAUUGAAAAGACUUGGCGCUGUAAAAUAAUCUCUUGACAUGCUUCACAGUGUGUCAUCAGCUUCCUCGUAGUACACAACCCUUCAUUACAUCAAUUUCAAUUCAGUUCAACAAGAAAAAAAUAUAUAUUAUAGAGUGGACAGGUGGCAUUUGUGAGCUUGGCAAAUGCUUUAUUCUUGUACAUCUGUUGUUGUAUAUUAGAAUUUGUAUUUUGUUAAUUACAGUACAUAUUUUGAAUAAUACAUUUCAUAUUAUGGUCUAGAGACCUCAUGCUGUCGGCUGAUGUAGUAUCGAGUGUCUUACCUCUUGAGUCUUUGGCUGAUAAACGUUUGCUCAUUGGAGCAAUGAGAAACUGUUGAAAGGGAUUUGGCCCGAGACAUUCUCCAUUUUGCACUCAGUCAAUCUGAUGGCACUUAGAGAACACAGUAUGUUUCGGAGUAUGACCAGUGUUUCUGUGUACGACUGAGGUCGCCGAACAGAAUGUCACACCAACACUGAGGGCUUGUUUUAACCACAGAGUCCGCUUUGAAAUCCACAACGAUGCAAGGAAAAAGAUGGACUUAGAGGGCUUUGACUUGAGCUUGUUCAAGACAGCCAAAGUCGUAUAAUCUUGUGCGAGAGGUUUGCAUGCUUUACUUCAACACAUUCCCUCCUGACCCUUGAAAGCACAUGCAAAGUGACGGGCUUGUCCAUUUGGAAACGUUUAGCAUGGAACUUCAAGCAUGCAGUGCUUCCAAUAUGGAGCGACUGAUUUGCAGUGCAGUGUCUAAACUGCAGUAAAAAAAAAAAAAAAAAAAAAAAAAAAAAAAUCAGCAGAAUGAAUCCCUGCUGUAGCGUCCUCUUAUCUCAACACUUUGGAUGAUACAGAUGCAGAGGCGAGACUUUAGCCCCAAGCAGGACAUUUGUCAGACACCAACUAAAUAAGCACAUACUAGAUGCUACAGGGUCUCUGCAGUAAAUUCAGCAUCAUGUUAUGUUCAGUUGAAUGGUGAUGAAAUGCCUAGUAGAUCCAACCUCCAUGUAUUUGCCUUAUAAAUGCACAAUGGUUUGUACUUUGUCAAGUGGAGCGUGCAAUCUUAUGCCCAGUAUUCAUUCAUGUUGUUUUGUCGCAAAAUGAAAUGUCUUGGCAAAUAUGUUGAUCCAGAUUUGUGAUGUGCAGGGUAGUGUGACUGUCAUGUUUUCCAGAGGACCAGUGCUGACAUAUCUGAAAUCAGUAAGACUCCUGUUUGUCCACCAUUCAUAGUUAAGUCCCCUAAAAAUGACUGUUAUUGUAACAGUGGAGCCAAACUAGGUGACUUCCCUAUUUAGAAACCACUUCCAUCAAUGGCUACUGAGAAAAUGAAGGCACUUUAUUUUGUGAUAGACAUCCCUAAGAGUCCACUGUUUGCAAUGACAUAUUAGUGCAUAUGUGUAUGAUGCUGACUCUACUCUAUAAAGGAAAUGCCACUUACAAGUACCACUCCGACAGGACAAGAACAGAGGAAAGAGAAUACAAACCUGCAUGCGCAAUGCAGCAUCCGCAAGCUAAGUCCUGUUCUUUUGUUUUAUUCCAUUUGAUCCCAAACUUGAGACUUUUUUCGGGCUUCACUGAGAUAUCGAGUUUCCAGGGUUGAUUGCAUAACCUCAAGUGGACAAGCCCUCUUUUUUUCAUAGUGGUGUUGUUAAUACAGACACAAGGCUACCUCUACAGUGCCCCUCUACCUGCUCCCGAAAUCAAAUAAAUCUGGAAUAUAUUGUUUAUAGGAGCCAACCAUCUGUGUCAGUCAUUGAUUCCUGUUCUGUAUGUCCUGUGUUAAGAUGGUGCAGGAUUAAAGUACUGUAUGUCAAUAUAUACCAACACCCUUGCACAUAUAGAGUAGUGAAUGUAUGAUGAAUUGAAAGCCAAUGUAUUUCAAAUACCCAAAAGGAUUGUGCAGAUGUCCAAGUCUUUGUAUGUGAAAUGAAACAUUUUCCUUUUAUCUCCUCACAUCAUUCUGUUCUCCAUUCCAUCCUCCCAUACAUUUAAAAAAAGUAUAUAUCUAGCCUAUUUUUUCCUCUAUACACAGGAUUUGAACUGAAAACUGCCAAAAAAGAAUGUAUGAAACACAUUCUGUAAUACUUUCUGUACAAUUCUCAGCCAAACAGCCAUGUUAAUCUACAGUGAAUUGAUGUACAUCUUUUCCUAUUUAUGGACCAUGUUAUCAGUCAUUGCUUCUAUUCAGUUUGAGUGACUGUUGCUCUUUUUGUACUUUGUCCAUUUGUAAAUUGUUUUUAAAUGUUUAUACUUGAUUUUCAAACUGCCUUUUUUGUACAUUUAACUUUAUAAUCAAACAGUGCAAGCUUUCCCCAUGGUGUCUUCAAUACCAUAUUGUUUAAAAGUCUGCAAUUGUGUGCUAGCUUUAUGAUAAGAAAUAUCAGCCUAAAAUAUUGAUGGUUACAAAUUAUUGUGUGGGUGUGCAUGUGCAAAUUUUUUUAAAAAUCAAAAUAAAUUUGAUAUUUUUUAA